UUCUUUGACUCAGUGUUCACUAACAAUCACACUACCUACUAAUAAUAACUUAAUCAACAACAAUUUUUUAAUUUAAUCUUCAUUUUAAUAUUCACUUCACCACUCACCAACACCAACAACAACAGAAGAAGAACAAGAAAAAGGAAAGAAAAAAAAACAUUGAACAAACCAAGUCAAAUCAAAAUCAAAAUUGAUUUUACUGUGACCAAAUCAAACCAAUAAGGAAUUUAGGAUUCGAAGAAGAAGAAGAGGAUUAGGGUUUGAGGAAGAGAGAGUAGAGAAGAAUUAGGGUUUGAAGAUCAAAGUGAAUUCAAAUGCCGGAAGAGGAGUUGGUUGAUAUCAAGUUUAGGUUGUAUGAUGGGUCUGAUAUUGGACCGUUUCGGUAUUCUUCUGCUGCUACUGUUGAUAUGCUCAAGCAAAGGAUUGUCUCUGAUUGGCCUAAAGGCAAAUCACUCCUGCCAAAGUCAGCAAGUGAAGUGAAAUUGAUUAGCUCUGGUAAAAUCUUGGAAAACAACAAGACUGUUGGUCAGUGUAAAGCACCCUUUGGCGAUAUUGCGGGGGGAGUUAUAAUCAUGCAUGUUGUUGUACAGCCAUCUCUAGCAAAAUCUAAAGCUGAAAAGAAGAUUGAUGAUUCGUCCAAGAAGGUUGCGUGUUCUUGUUCUAUAUUGUGAAGACAAUUUGUAAGUUGGGGAUGCUUUCAUCAAUCACCUGUGAACUGCAGAAACCACCCGUCUGAACAAAAAUCCUUCGAUUUUCAGCAUUCCUGUGUAAAGUUUCAUAUACAAGCAAAUUAUAUGUUUAUAGAAAGUUUGUGUUAAUGGUGACUUGUGAAGACGAUGUCAUUCUUUUAUUACAACGUCUAAAAAGAUUGAAACAAAUGUAACCAACCAUUGAUUGUUAUCUUUAUGCAUGAUGUUUUCACUUUGCAUUUUUGUU